AUGUCCUCGCCAAAAUAUACCGUUCAGCUUGUAUCCACGGAACUUAAACCGACUCCUAUUCCAGUAAACGCACCAAAAAGAAACAAUAGUCGUGGUUGCAACGAGCCUCAGGCCACACGUUCUUUGUUACUAUUGCUACAAGAACAUUUGACGCCUACUGAUGACAAUAUUGAUAAAAAAGUAUUGGUCACAGCAUUGGAAGCCUACGAAUAUCAUUACAAUGAUGAUGACAAUUCUAUGAUACUUUACAUUUCAAAAGUGGACACUACUGGCUUUCAAAAGCCCGUGAGCGAAGGUGGCACCAAAAGUCUCACUAAAACGCUAGUAUCGGGAUUCUUGAGUUAUUAUGCAACACAACUCAAACAUCUGACAAUCAAAUUACAUUUGUUUGCUCGUGCGCAGCCACAGUAUUUCUUUACCAAAUCUGCAAAAAAUCCAGCAAAACACUUGUUAAAUGACGUGCAAUUGAUCAGAUGGUGGAAAACAUUGCUUCAACAGUUAUUUGUUCUUAAUGAUGAAGAUGGUGAUAACAGUAACAACAAUGAUAAUAUGAGAUGGUUCCUUAUUCCUGGUGUUGUGUCUGAACAUGAAGCUCAACUUUUGAUCAAAGAUCCAAUUGUGAGUCCAUCAGAAACAGAUAGCAAGCUUUGGACAUAUGGAUAUCCUUAUCCGGAUUCUGCGAUUGCUGGACAAGUGAUACCACGAUUUGAGGGUGACCCGAAACUACGUUUUUUCGAAACCUUGGAAGAUUCUGAAUAUCAAAAAAAUGAAAAAGAAAUGCACAUUGAUAGUAAUGAUGAUGAUGAACAGACAAACUUUACUGUUAAAGAGUUUUGGGAAAUGAUUUCUUUCACUUCAGAAUUUAACUCUGGAAAAAAUUCUGCAUUUUUUUGGGUGUAUUUUGGGGGUUCUGCUCAACGCCGCGCCUCUUCUUAUACUGCUACUACUGAUAACUCGAAAGACCCGAUAUUACAAUCGACAACAGUAACAGCAAAUGAGAAACUGGGUGGAUUGACCUUGACUGAUGUCAAAUAUAAUUCCGUAAUUUCGAGUUUGGAACAUUUGGAAUUCUUUCCAUUAGACGUGGCAAUAAACUCCACAAACACUUUUACACAACUCUUGGGUGAAAGAUACUUGUCCGAAGCUGAAAUUGAGUUUACCGGGAAAUUAAAUGAUUCUGUUCCUGAUCAAAAAAAAACUAGUAAUAUCUUAUUGAAUCAGUCAUCAUCAUUGUCAAAAGUUAAUAAUUUGCAAAUGUUCAUAAAAAGAAAUAAACCAACAACACCAACUGAGCAACAACCGAAUCUUUCAAAGGCUCCUUCGUCCCACACAGAUAUCUUUGAUUCCCAAUUGUCUGCAACGUCCUCUGUUGAUACAUCAAAAGAAUCGUUAGAGAAAACUGAGUCAAGUGUCAAACGAGCCAAAAAAUCUGAUAGUGAUUGA